UCUCCCAGCUGGUUGUUUCCAUCUGCUUCUGGAAGUGAAGGUUAAAGAGGAGGAGAGAAUGGCGAUGAAUGGCGAUGGUAGAAGCGAAGAGGAUAUGGAGGGAGAUGCGAAGAAGAAGAGGACGUCGACGAAGUUUGAGGUGUUAAUGUGUGGCUAUCUCCCCGGAGUUGUAUCGCAGAAGCCGCCUUUGGUUUCUCCGGUGGCCGUGGCGUCGCCGGAGAGCGGCAUCGAUGGAGAUUCGUGGAAGGAUGUUUGCGGUGGCGGUUGCGGAUUCGCCAUCGCCAUUGCAGAAUCUGGAAAACUCAUAACAUGGGGUUCAGCAGAUGAUCAAGGUCAAAGCUACUUGACAUCAGGAAAGCAUGGGGAAACUCCAGAGCCAUUUCAACUUCCGACUGAGACUCCAAUAGUGAAGGCAUCAGCAGGUUGGGCACAUUGUGUUUCUCUUACAGAAAAAAGUGAGGUAUACACUUGGGGAUGGAAGGAGUGUGUGCCCUCAGCGAAAAUAACUCGUUUGACCUUGGAAGGAGGAGCAGAAGGAGACACUUCAGGGAAACAAAGCUCUGCCUUGUUUGAACAAGCGUUGACUGUUGCAGAGAGCCCACGCUCUCAAGGCUCCAAAUCAGCUGGUGUAUCAGUGUUGCACCUUGAUAAUAAGAAAACUGGAGAAGAAACUCCAAAGCGAAGAAAAGUUUCACCUUUUAAACAAGAAAUUGAAAGUCCGCCACCUGCAGAUGAGUCUCUUUCUGCUCCACCUUGUCUGGUAGCACUGGAUCCAGGUAUCAAGAUCACUUCUGUUGCUGCUGGUGGCCGCCACACUUUAGCACUUUCAGAUGUGGGACAGGUAUGGGGUUGGGGCUAUGGAGGUGAAGGGCAACUUGGUUUGGGCUCUCGGAUAAAAAUUGUGGCUUCUCCUCAUCUUAUACCCUGUAUUGAGCCAGCUACCUGUGGGAAAGAGAGGACUUCUGGGAUCACUUCAGGAGAGGUGUAUUCAGGAACUCCAGCACCUAAUGUUUUGGGAAGUUACAUCAAGGGCAUUGCAUGUGGAGGUCGGCACAGUGCAGUAAUAACAGAUGGCGGCGCACUCCUUACUUUUGGAUGGGGUAUGUAUGGACAGUGUGGACAAGGGAACACAAAUGAUGUGCUGAGACCAACUUGUGUGCCUUCUCUUUUGAGCACUCGAGUUGAAGAUGUUGCUGCUGGAUUGUGGCAUACAUUAUGCAUAUGUGCUGAUGGUCGUGUGCAUGCCUUUGGUGGAAAUCAGUUUGGGCAGCUAGGUUUGGGUACAGGGACUGACCAGUCUGAGGUAACACCUAGGCUCGUUGAUGCUACCAUUUUGGAAAGUAAGAAUGCCAAAAGAAUAUCUUGUGGAGCUCGUCAUAGCACUGUAAUGACAGAAGAUGCCAAAGUAUAUUCCUGGGGAUGGAACAAGUAUGGUCAGCUAGGUUUAGGCGAUACAAUUGACAGAAACAUCCCAGCUCAAGUUCCAUUGGAAGAUUAUACCCCCAAAAACAUUGCUUGUGGGUGGUGGCACACACUCUUGCUUGCUGAAACCCUUCGAUAAGCAUUCUUCAAAGUUUGGAUUUUUCCUUUUUCUGGUUGGCCAAGUGGUGAAUGGUACACAGGCGCCAAAAGGGCAAAAGAUGUCAGAACGCGAUGGUGGGCGAGUUGGGGGAGACAAUUUUGUUAGGGGCUGUAGUUCUCAUGACUGGUGUACACUGUAUAUUUAAUGCGCCACUUGGCCUGAUCCAUGCCAUUCAUUUCGAAUAUUUGGAUUCAUGUAUGGGUUGUUUCAGAUCGAUCAGCUAUAGUGUGUAUCACACUGCGUACGUGAUUGAGACUCGUUUCCUUUUCCUCUCUUUUAAUUCUUUUCGUUCCUUUA